AUGACGAGCCCUGAUGCGAGUCUUAUGAGCGCCGCUGCGUUUCUUGGGCAUAAGCCGUUGGUUCAACGUUUCUUGAGUAAAGGCAACGAUCCAACACACCACGACUACCUUUUCCCUGCAGCCAUUGAAGCAGCAGCCUUCGCCGGAGAUAAAGAGAUGCUACAACUACUCCAAGAGAGUCUGCCUGAUGGUGUUUCUCCCUCACCCCCUGGGACACCCUUCUCGCAGCACUAUGCCCUAAACCGAAUCGACUUUAAGGGUAAAGCUGAUCCCCAGGCUAUCCUUGGUGCUGCUAUGAACGGAUCUAUAGAUAUCCUCCAGGUAGCAUUGCACCCUCCUUCAAAGACCGUCAACAGCAUCGCCAGUAGUGGUGGUGAUUUAGUUCAGGGUCUAGGAUAUGCACUCAUUAGUUCUUUUGAUGCUCAAUGGGAUAGUGAGGCUCACACACGUUUUGUUGGCUACCUGUUCAGCACUAUCCUUCACUACGCUGAUAACUGGCCUGUUUACCAAAAGCUCGCCCCAUUUGCUCCUGAACAAGCCAAAGAAUUGUUCAAAGUAGGAAAGUACGCGGACUAUGGUCGCUUGGAUAUGGUCCAGGCGCUGCUUGACGCUGGGUCCCCAUAUGAAAGGGAGGCGAUGAACAGUGAUUCACCACUCUUCAAUGCAGCCCGUCGUGGAUUCAACGAUAUCGUCCAGCUGCUGCUUGCGCGGGGCGCUGAUGUCAAUAAGAGCCAACACCGACAAGGAACGCCUCUGCGAGGCGCCGUGAUUGGGGCUAACCUGAGCACAGUCCAGAUCCUACUCGACCACGGCGCUGUGUGUGACGAGCGUGUGCUAUUGGACGCGAUGCUAGGAGAGUACAUGGCCCUGGCGGAGCUCAUACUAGACCAUUGUACGAGUGAGGAACUACAUCACGAGGAGUUUGGGUUUAAGGCUGCUGGUGUAGUAGCUGAGGCAGGAUUGACAUCAAUGCUUAACCUGAUGGAGAAUCGAGAAUGUUUUAUAUAUCGCGAUGGGGAAAUGGUACCUUGGUCGAAGGAGGAGGCAUGCCAUUUAGAGUGA